AUGUACAGAAACAUUGGAAUAACAAUAUUUGUAUUGUUUAUAUUAAGGUUUUGUUUUUGGCUGAAGAAGAGGCUAUCACUCAGUUUAAAUAAUAAGGAAAAACCACAGAGAAAUGUUAAAUGUGGUGAUAAAGUUAAGAUAUUGACAGUUUUAGGUUCAGGGGGCCAUACAACGGAGCUAUUAAUGCUAUUAAGGGAUAUGGAUUUACGAAAUAAAGUUUCCUUAAGUUGUGUGAUAGCAAGUACUGACAAGUUUAGUUUGGAAAAAGCGCUACACGAAUUUUCUGAAAAUCUACAGGUGGAAACAUGUAAUGUAAAGGACUACGUGAAAUUUUAUAUGAUAAAAAGAAGCAGAGAGGUAGGACAAUGUUACCUCACUUCAGUAUUAACAACUUUGAUAUCUCUUAUGGAUUCGAUGAAGGUGUUAUUCCAAGGUAGAUAUGAUUUGAUUAUAGUGAACGGCCCUGGUACAUGCAUUCCUAUAUGUUUUGGCUCUUUGAUAUUGGAGGACAUUGCAAAAAAAUCAAGGGAUUCAGGAAUAGAACUAUCUUCCAGUACUAUUGAGGAAAGGAAUUCAAUUUUAGAACACCUUGCAGAGGAAAUAUACUUGAAUAGGAACGAGAUUUUGGAGGCAAAUAAAAAAGAUAUAGAGAAUUCUGAAAAGAAUGGAAUUUCGGAAUCAAUGAAAAUGAGACUAUUUCUGGAUGAAUCAAAGUUAAAGGCAUGCAUAAGCUCUGUAAGAGAUGUAAUGAAUUUGGAUGAUCCUUUGGGAAAAUGCACAUUAUCUAGGGAAAUCACAAGUAAUGGAUUAAAAUUAUAUAGAAGAACUUGCCCAAUAGGUGUAAUAUUAGUUAUAUUUGAAGCAAGACCGGAAGUGGCUAUUCAAAUUAGCUCAUUAACUAUAAAAAGUGGAAAUUCAGUAAUAUUAAAAGGUGGAAAAGAGGCAAUAAAUACCAAUAGGGCGAUUUUAAAUUGUAUAGAAAAUGCAAUUAAUCAAGUUAAAAAAAACUAUAUUAAUAUUAAUAAAGAAAUUGUACAAAUGGUUUUUUCUCACGAUGAUAUAAAUAAACUUCUCUCAUUUAACCAAUUUAUUGACCUUGUCAUACCUAGGGGGUCCAAUGAGCUUGUCCAAAUGAUAAAAAAAAAUACAUGUAUACCGGUAUUAGGCCAUGCGGAUGGUGUGUGCAUGUUAUAUGUGCAUGUGGAUGCAAAAACAUCAGAAGGUGUAGAAAUUGUGAUAGAUGGGAAAUUGGAUUAUCCGGCAGCAUGCAAUUCACUGGAGACUUUGUUAAUUCAUAAAGAUAAAUUAUCCGAGUUUUUACCUGCAUUAUUGUUAAGAUUAAAGGAACAGAAAAAACACAUAAAGUUUCACUCAGAUAAGGAAUGUUUAAAGUAUUUUGAAGGCGAACAUGAUGUUUGCGAGCUGACUGAGGACCUGUAUCACCACGAAUUUAGUUCUGAAGAGAUGUGUGUGAAGUCAGUUUCAAGCAUGGAUGAGGCUAUUGACCAUAUUAACCAAUACGGUUCUCACCAUACAGAUGUGAUUUUAACUCAGGAUGAGCUAUUAGCAGCAUCAUUUAUGAACAGAGUAGAUUCUGCAUGCGUAUUCCACAAUUGCUCUUCAAGAUUUUCAGAUGGAUACAGGUUCGGGUUUGGUGCUGAAAUUGGGAUUAGCACAACAAGAAUUCACGCACGUGGCCCAGUGGGACUGGAAGGUUUGUUGACUUACAAGUACAUGUUAAAAGGUCAUGGCCAGACAAUUGCUCAGUUCAAGCAUGGCAAGUUCACUUUCACAAAGAGAGAGAUAGUUUAA